AUGGACAGGCUACGGCUGCUACUUUCCCCUUCUCUCGCAUUCCAAUGGAGGUUUGAGCUAUCCGCGCAGGUUAUAGCAUCCGCGAUACUUCUUAUGGGCACACCAUGGCUUCCAGAGUCUCCUCGCUGGUUGGUAGAGCAGGACCACCAAAGUGAAGCUCUGGAAAUUCUACAAAAACUACACCCUUUACCGAACGAGUCCAAUAUUCACUCGAAAGCUCAGGUAGAAUUGAAUCAGAUCCGAGCUCAGCUCUCCAUUGAUCAGGGGAUGGAAGCCUCUGGUGGUAGAUGGGCAUUGAUCACAAACACCUCCUAUCGCAAAAGACUCAUUUGUGGAUGCUUCGUUCAAUUUAUCGGCCAAUCCACUGGAGUAUUGGUCGUCAAUAACUACCAAGUAUCAUUAUAUAACUCGCUGGGCCUCUAUAACUCGGUCCCUCUUCUGCUAUACGCGGCCUAUCUCAGCUGGCAGCAGGUACGAACUACCGUGGUUGCCGUUUGUUGCGAAGCAGCGAUGGUGGCUGAAUUUUCAGGCACAUCAAACAAAAUUGGCAACGGUUUCGGAAUUGCCUUUCUUUUCCUCUUUGUCACUUUCUACGGAGCAUACGUUUAUAGUGCCGAAGUAUUCCCGAACCAUAUGCGCGGUUUGGGAAUUGGACUGUCAAUCUUUCCUCAGUUCUGUUCGACACUAGUUUAUACACAAGUCGCAUCGACAGCAUUUGAUACCGUUGGAUGGAAAUAUUAUCUCGUCUUCAUUAUCAUCCCUUUUGUGGGCGCAAUCUUGAUUGGGUUCACCUUGCCUGAGCCGAAAGGCCUUUCACUUGAGGAUAUCUCCUGCCGGUUCGAAGGCAGGCCAGUCACAAGUGAAAUGAAGACAGAUAUGGAAGACACCGAUAAGGCUUCGGUGUGUUAUGAAGAGUCUGUAUGA